AUGCCAGUCAUACCACAGUCAGCUCCAUCAGUACCAGAGCAGCCUACUCCAGAGCUACCAAAGCCUACCCUACAGUUACCAGAGCAGCCCGUCAUACCACAGUCAGCUCCGUCAGUACCAGAGCAGCCUACCUUACCUGAGCAGCCUACCGUACCACAGCUGUCAGAGCUACCACAGCAGCCUACUCCACAAGUACCAGAGCCUACCCUACAGCUACCAGAGCAGCCCGUCAUAUUACAGUCAGCUCCAUCAGUACCACAGCAGCCUACUCCACAAGUACCAGAGCAGCCUGUCAUACCAGAGCAGCCUACUCCAGAGCUACCAGAGCAGCCUACUCUACAGCUACCAAAGCCUACUUUACAGCUACCAGAACAGCCUCCCCUACAGCUAUCAGAGCAGUCUAUGCCAGUCAUACCACAGUCAGCUCCAUCAGUACCAGAGCAGACCGUCAUAUCACAAGAUUACUGGCCUUCUAUCUCUCAGCUUGAAAAGUUGUUCCUUGGUCAAGUACUACUCAUGGCAGAAGACGACACAACCUGUGGUCCAAAUGCCAUUGUUGUUACUGGUAGCCGGAUAAAGCCUGUCGAAGAUACAUCGCUUGAUAAAGCAGCCAAGCGAUGUUACCGUCUUCGCACGAGUACGGCGAGCCAUCAGCUGAGCAACAGUAGAAAUCUGUCGUGUAAAUGCAUUGAAACAUACCACUGGCGGACUUAUUUGGUGCUGCCGCCGCGACAUUGUCAGUCAAUAGCACCCACAUACACCAGAAGUACGCACCCAAGCAGAACUGCGGACAAGCGGGUGAUCUGA